AUGCAUCGAACAGGUGGCUCUUCCUCUACUCCCCUGCUCCUGGCUCUGCUGGUCAUGAUGUGGCCUGAAGGAAGCAGUUAUGAAGAGAUGCCCAAGAUGAUGCCACCCCAUACCCUCGACGACGACGGCUUGGCAAACUUGACAGUUUCCGCCAACAGCUCAAACGUUACUCUUGUGAUUCCCUUUGCCCCAGUCAAUCUGCAAGAUGUAUGUGACCCUGCAACUAUUGAUUCGAUCGAUCAAGUACUCUUGUGCGAAGAUGCAUGUGCCAAUGCUGAAUGUUGCUGGAAGACCAACACGUGCGUGGAGGACAUUGUCUGUGAACACUACUCGCCUUGCACAAUCUUGGUUCAUGCUACAUCGGGUCCCUCUGACGAGUAUGUGACCAUGAUGCCGACCGGCGACACUGUCGCCCAGCUGCCUCCUCCAGAUCUGCCGGAAAUAUGCUCUGCU